UGAGAUUUUAAUGGUACGUUAAAUGCUCCUGCAACAUUUACAACCAACCUUGUACUACUUUCACCAGCUUAUAUUUACUUCUCUCUUCUACAUUUUUUCUUUAUAUAAUCACACACUCUCCUAACACCUUCAACUCACUCAAUUCUUUCCAUAUAUCUCUACCUGUCUCCUUUUCUAUCACUAUUUAUCCUUAUAAAUUGGACUUCUCUUGUUAAGGAUAAAGGAGAUACUGAGAAUGGAGAUGAAGAGUAGCAUGAGGAAGCCAGCUUCAUUUUUCACAUUGGCUGCUAUGGUUGCUCUAAUUUCUCUGAGUUUAGCCAUGCCUGUCAUGUCCACUAUUGGUUAUGGUUCUUACUCUCCUCCAACACCAGCUGGAGGUGACCAUGACAACAUUGACUGUAAUACUCCCCCACAUGGUGGUAGUGGAAGCAGCGGUUCUCAUCACGAUUCUCCCACUCCCUCUCAUCACGAUUCUCCCACUCCCUCCAAAUCAACGCCUUCCAAAUCUCCUCCUUCUGACCACCACGGCAGCGGUGGCGGAGGCGGUGGCUACUCUCAUUCUCCUCCCCCGUAUACCCCGACUCCGGUAACACCUGUGCCCGUCACCCCCACCCCGAAAACUCCUACCCCAACCACCCCCAUUAUUGUAAGCCCACCAACUGACCCUGGCACCCCAACCUAUACCACCCCCACCCCUACCAUCCCUACCCCAUCAUCACCCAUUUCUCAUGUCCCCACCACACCUACAGUUGGAUUAACACCACCAAUUCCCUUCAUUCCAUACACACCUCCAUCAGUUGGAACUCCUCCUUUCACAUUUAACCCUAGCUCACCCGGACCCUUUCCCUGCACAUUCUGGAGGGCACACCCAACAAUGAUAUGGGGAUUGGUUGGGUGGAACGGGAACAGCGUCCGCAGCAUGUUCGGGAUGGGAAGCGGCACUGGCGCGGGAGGGUUCGGGGCAGGCAUGAGCUGUCUGGAAGCGCUAUCGAACACCCGCACGGACGGACUCGGAGAGCUGUACAGAGAAGGAACGGCUGCAAUGCUGAACGCACUGUCCGGCGGCAGGAGCUUCCCUUACACAGCAGACCAAGUGAAGGUUAGCUUUGGGCGCGCCGCACUUAGCUCCAGUGACUCUGCUGCGGCUGCUCAGGCCAAUCUCUUCAAGCUGGCUAACGAGGGACACCUCAAGCCCGCUGCCAGGCGUUAGGGUGCUAUCCUAUCAGAUCAUAUGACUUUUAACUCCUUGGGGUUUCUUCACUUUCAUGCAUGCAUUUUAUUGUUAUUAAUUGAUGUUGCUCUUAAUUAUUUCUCGCUAUCAGUCUACGUGUUCUUAGGAUGAUGGUCGAAUAUGGUGUGGGUGUUUUACUUUGUUGGAUCUUAAUGUGACAGUACGAACAAUAUUCAUUACUACGUAUAUUCAAACUAAAAUAUUUUAUAUCUUGCUAUUUUGCCAAUAUUUGUCUCCAAUAUAAUUCUGCAUUUAGAUGUUUGUGUUAAACUUGUUCAUUCCUCCCAA